AUGAAAGAUAGUUUAAUUGACGAAGAGAUAAUCGAUCUACCUGAUGUUGGCGGUGUUCAGCGUCAGACCAGCACAUAUUCCUCGUCGUCGACAACAACGACAACACCGCGUCGUCCAAUGUACAUUGAAACAGAAAUGAGAACAGAUUUGAGGUCAACACGUAGUGGACCAGCGGUAAAUGUUAAUGAUGUUUUGGAGAAAACAAAAUCACCGACUGAGGGUUUACCUAAAACUACAUAUACAUACGCUCAUUCUGUGUCGUAUAUGCCCGUUAGGCAAUAUGGUCCAAAUGACGUACCGGUGAUGGCUCGACGUAACUUACAUGCAGGAGAGUAUGGUAUGAAUGGUGGUAGCAAUAUCUUCUCUUCACCGCAAAAAUUCGUAUCGAAUGUUUAUUCUCAAAUUGCUGAUCGUUUCUCAGAAUUUCGUUCUCGUUUAACAAAUCAGUUUAAUCCACAACAGCAACAGAGACAGCAGUCAGAUGUGUACGACGAUGAGCAACAACCAACAACUGGCGGAUCUCGUUAUGUUCGUACAUCGUCUCAAUCAUCAACUGGUCGAAAUACAACCGGUACCUCAUCCAAAGGAUAUAAUUUACGUUCAAGACCCGUACAUAGUACGCCACGUGAAAAUGAAGAGAACGAAAUACGACAGCGUCAACAACAAAAAUAUUCUCAACAAUCGCAACAAGAUGACAACAGCAACGACUAUGAUAAAAAUAAACGAUAUCAACAACAUCAACAAAAGUCAUCUCAAAAACAUCGGCGAGAUAGCCAGGAGCGUGAAGAACACGACGAUACAUUAUUGGGAAAAGUGAAACAUUAUAUUGCAAAAAUCAUUCAUUCACCAAUUGAUUUUAUUAAAAGUAUAUUUCAUGCUGUUGGAUCAUUGCCAUUUUGGUUAUUGUUACCUCUCCUUCUCUUACUCGGUUUAUAUGCACUGCCGUGGUUAGUUUGUAAACCAUUUGAUCAUUAUCCAGAAUCAACUCCGUAUGCCUUAUGCAACGGUAUAAAAAAUUUUUCGUUAUCUGUAACCAAUGGUACAUAUAAUUUUGUUCGUCAUAAUACCUAUGAUCGUAUAAGUCAUAAUAUACGUCGUGGAAGACGAUCAAUAAAUGAUCUUAAAGACUCUAUUUACAGUAGUUUGGAAGAUGUCUAUUAUAGUGUAAAAAAAUCAUUGAAAACAUCUGUUGUUGAAGUUAAAGAAAAAGUGGCUGAUGUUUACGAUCACACAGCAGAAAAUGCAAAACAAUAUUGUGAUGCCGGUUUACAAAAAAUGAAUAGUGUCAUUGAAGAUUUGAAAAAAGAACGAGAGAAAUUUUUAGGACCGCGACAUGUUCUAACUUCAACACAAGAAAAAGAACUUGAAGAAAUGGUACGACAGAUGUUAGAGGACUAUUCGGCUGAUGAAAUUGGUGAACCAGAUUAUGCUUUAGAAUCGAAUGGAGCAAAAGUUGUUGAUACUCGCUGCACAGAAUAUACUGAUGAACCACGGCAAAAUGUUGUCAAAUUUCUUGGAAUACCUGUUGCACAUAUGUCAAAACAACCGGACAUCAUGAUUAGACCUGGUCGACUUCCCGGUCAAUGUUUUCCAUUCAAAGGUGACCAAGGAAGCAUUGUUGUUAAAUUAGCCGUGCCCGUUGUACCGACAGAAUUUGUACUUGAACAUUUAUCAAAACGAAUAUCAAUCGUUGGUCAUGUGAAUAGUGCACCAAAAAAUUUUACCGUUUAUGCACUUCGUGAUAAACAUGAUAAAGAAGGUAUCGUUCUUGGACGUUAUAUGUAUGAUGCCGAAAACGGUCUAGCUCUUCAACGUUUUAAACCUCAGAUAAGUCCUGUUUCAACAUGUGAAUUCAUUGAAAUUCAAGUAACAUCAAAUUGGGGUAAUCCAAAUUAUACAUGCGUUUAUCGUUUUCGUGUACACGGUGAAUUGAUACAACAUUUUCCAUCAGCACCAGCUGCUUAA